UCUCCAUUCCAUUGGAUCUCGGUCAGCCGGCCGGAUGCUCAGGCUGCUAGCUGCCCGGUGUUAAUGAACUGCAAGCUUCAGAAAAUAUAAAUUUUGUGCCUGCAUUCUAGGAAAUCACUUCAGCAGCUCAUUUGCACUAUGUCCUACACAAGCUGUUUGAAGAAACAUCCCCUGAGACUAAUCUUUCCAUAUGCCAAUUCCAUCCUCCGAGCGUCUAUGGAAAAAGGCUCCCCACAAAAGUCACUGAUGGACUAUAGCACUAUGCUCCAUUUUACCACAUUUUGCCCUGAUUACAGAACAUAUGUUCUCCUCCUCAGAGCUUGUUCAAAAUGUUCAGACAUCUAUGCUGCCAUGCAAAUUCAUUCACAUCUCACUAAAGCUGGGUUGUUAUGUAAUCAAGAUAUAAUAGCUCCACUUUUGAGGUUGUAUAUCGAUCAUGGUCGCAUGAUGGAAGCAUGUGAACUGUAUUGGCCAAUGCUUGAGUGGAGUACCGAUCCUUUCCAUGGUAAUUUGAUGCUUAUGGGAUUCUUGAAGGGAGGACAGCUAGACAAAGCAUAUCAGAUUUUCAAGAGGAUGCCUGUCAAGGACCUGGUCUCGUGGAAUUCAAUGAUUGCAGGUGCAGCAAGGAGCUCCCACCUGAAAGAUGCAAUGAAUCUUUUCAGCAGGUUGGUCAAUUCAGGCCUUGUGCCUGACGGUUUUUCAUUCUCUUCAGUCCUGUCUGCUUGUGCUCGAGCUGGUGCCCGAUGUUAUGGUAUGUGGGUUCAUCAACUGAUGGAUGAGCUGGGGGUGGAGAAGAAUCAUCUUUUAAUCUCAGCACUGGUUGAUAUGUAUGCUAAAUGUGGAAGGAUUGAUGUGUCAGUUGAGAUAUUCAACAACGUUAAGAGAAAACACCUGUCCACAUGGAACACGAUGAUUAGUAGCCUGGCAGGGCAUGGUCUUGGAUCUGAUGUGGUGAUGCUGUUCCACAGGAUGGAACUUUCAGGUGUGGUUCCUGAUGGGGUUACAUUUGUUGCACUAUUGACAGCAUGUAGCCAUUGUGGUAUGGUUGAAGAGGCUCGUCAGUACUUUGAAACGAUGUCUACAAAGUAUUCAAUCACUCCAAAGGUUGAACACUACGGCGCAAUGGUGGAUACACUGUCACGAGCUGGGCUGCUGGAUGAAGCAUACAACUUGGUGAGGUCAAUGGCCGUGAAGCCUGAUGCUGUGAUAUGGAGGGCAUUACUUAGUGCUUGUCGUAGGUACCAUCAAACCAAAUUAGGUGAUGUCACUAUUGAACAGAUAACAUGUCAGGGCAGCGGUGAUUAUACGCUUCUUUCAAAUAUCUACUCAUCAAUAAACAGGUGGGGUGAUUCAGAGGAAGUAUGGAAAGAGAUGAAGAAAAAGAAGGUACGUAAGAUCAAGGGCUUGAGUUGGGUUGAAUUAGGGGGGAGCACCCAUGAAUUCAAAGCUGGUGAUCGAUCUCAUCCUGAUUCUGAUGAUAUCUACCGAGUGCUGCAUGGCUUGUUGAAAAAAGCGAAGGCUGAAGGUUAUACCCCAUCCACUGAAUUAGUAACAAAAGAUGUAUCACAGGAGGAAAGAGAAGAAAACCUCAGCUUCCACAGUGAGAAGCUUGCAGUGGCUUAUAGUGUUCUUAAGACUGGUCCAGGGACAGAAAUAUUGGUGUCAAAGAAUCUGCAGGCAUGCGGUGACUGCCAUGAAUGGAUGAAGAUAAUUUCAAAGGCACUUUGUCGUGUUAUAAUUAUGAGGGAUAGAGUUCGAUUUCACCGCUUUGAAAGCGGGUGCUGCUCCUGUAAAGAUUACUGGUGAGCACUUGAUGAAGCAACACAGAAAUGAUCUGUACAGCGUCCUAUCAGGGAUUUGGAGAAGCCAUAAGUGGACUAAAUAAUAUUGCUAUGUUCCGCUUGGAUGCAUG